GGGUGAGACCUGGGGGCGGCGCUGUACACGGAAGCGGCCGGCGUUCUGCGCCUGGCGUUCUGCGCCCGGUGCGCGUAGCGACUUUCGGCCGGGCUCCUCUUGAGGCCCGGCGACCUCCGGGCCUGGGGAGCCAAGCGAGGUUCGGGAGCGGUCAAUACCGAACAGGAACUCAACUUGCAGAAGGGAGACGAGACGCCCCAGCAAGACUCUUUCGGGGAGUCCCCCAGCUCCUCACCUCCAUGGGCCAGACGGCCCUGGCAGGGGGCAACAACGGCACCCUUACCUCACAGGCCCUGUGCCCCGACCUCUCUUGUCCGGAAGGCUUGGAGGAGCUGCUAUCUGCUCCCCCUCCUGACCUGGGGACCCAACGGCGCCACGGGUGGAACCCCAAGGACUGCUCAGAAAACAUCGAGGUCAAGGAAGAGGGGUUGUGCUUUGAGCGGCGGCCCGUGGCCCAGAGCACUGAUGGGGCCCGGGGUAAGAGGGGCUACUCGAGGGGCCUGCACGCCUGGGAGAUCAGCUGGCCCCAGGAGCAGAGGGGCACCCACGCUGUGGUGGGCGUGGCCACGGCCCUCGCCCCACUGCAGGCUGACCACUACGCGGCGCUGCUGGGCAGCAACAGCGAGUCAUGGGGCUGGGACAUUGGGCGGGGGAAGCUGUACCAUCAGUGCAAGGGGCCCGGUGCCCCUCAAUAUCCAGCCGGACCUCAGGGUGAACAGCUGGAAGUGCCGGAGAGGCUGCUGGUGGUUCUGGACAUGGAGGAGGGAACUCUGGGCUACGCUAUUGGGGGAACCUACCUGGGGCCAGCCUUCCGGGGACUGAAGGGCAGGACCCUCUAUCCAGCAGUAAGCGCUGUCUGGGGCCAGUGCCAGGUCCGCAUCAGCUACCUGGGUGAAAGGAGAGGUGAGGCCUGGGGCAGGUGUGGGAAGUGUUCUGUUACUGGUGGCUGUGGUUUGGGUUGGAAGCUCAACAUCUUUGCAAGCGUAGAGGGAACGAGCCCUCAUCUGACCGACCUUCUACCCCUAUUCAGUGCCAGGAAUGGCUAAGGGUCUUCACAGCUGUUACCUAAUUUAAUCCUCCCAACAGCAAUAAAGGUAAAAAGUGGGUCUUGGGAAAUCAACUUGCUAGUAAGUGGUGAGUCCUCAAGAGUGGAGGGAGGUACUCCUGGGAUUAGGGCUUUAGAGGAGCUAUGAGUCCCUGAAACAGAGGUGCAAAGGGUUAAAUGGGUACUAGGCUAGGUGUACAAGUCCAAAAGAAAGAGAACUGGCAGUGCCAGCCACCCAGGGUGUGUACCAGCCACCCAGGGUGUGUACCAGAUUUCCUGGGCUCUGACCUGUGACACAUACUUACUUCCUCAGAGGUAGACUUCCCAGGAAGGAGACAUUAAGGCCCGGUGCCGGUGGCCAGAGGAGAGCAGUGGAGGCAAGGUUUGGGUGGUGCUGCAGGGGCGGGGUUUUCUUGGGGAAAUUAAUGCAGCCAAGGCUUGGAGCUGAUUGAAGUUACCUGUUCUCCGAAGUUGUAAUCUUCAGCAGAGGCUGGAUGCUUCUCCCAUCACCCAUGAUGAGCUGUUACAGAAUGGAGGGCCAUCCUUUCAGCUUAUCAGCCCCAGCCCCAAGGCCUGUCUGGAAUCAAAGCCUGGGCCAGCUCUACCCGUCAGAGCCACCUUGGACAGUUGCUUAGAGGGCCUUAGCUAGAGCAUCACCCCCAGCUCUGCCUGGGGAUGUGAUGCCUCCCACCCCAAGAGCAGAUGCAGAACUUCAGGGGGCCUUAGAUCUCCCUCUCAACCAAGCAGACUUGGCACAGGAAAGCAGAAGGGAACCCUGUAGUCUGAGGAUGUCUGGCUGGUGGCUGCACCCCUACUUACCUUCCCCUCCUUCUCUCUCCCAGCGGAGCCACACUCCCUUCUGCACCUGAGCCGCGUGUGCGUGCGCCAAGCACUGGGGGCUACUCGGCUGGGCCAGGUAUCUGCUCUGCCCUUGCCCCCUGCCAUGAAGCGCUAUCUGCUCUACCAGUGACCCUGUGAUACCACAGAUGCAUGGGGCCUUGAUGCCACCCCUCCCAGGGGCCAGGGAGGAGGCACGGCUGGCCUAGACCAGCUACUUAAAGCCAGUGAGGCUGGGCCCCUAUCCCAACCCAAGCUACCCAGAGGGUGGAGGGAGCUGUUUAUUUAAGACUGUGGUGGCCUGGUACACAGACUUUUUUUCAAGUAAAAACAGUAAGAGAUGUGCUACCGUAAAAA